UUCAUCUGGGUUUGUUCUUUAAUGGCCGAUAAUGGCGGAUUUGACGGGGACCAAGGCACCACUACCAGUUUCUCUCAGUUGUUGUUCUCUGAUGAUGUCGUUUUGGGUCUUGAUAGGGACCACACUUUUACCAACUAUUCUUCUUUUUCUUUGCCUUUUUCUUCUCAUGAAAAGCCUCCCAAAAUGCUUUGUUUUGGUAACUAUGGAGAAAAUGAUCAUGGUGAAAUAGUUGUGUAUGGUGGUGAGAGUAUUACCAGAACCACUCCUCAAAAAUCUGGAGUCACUUGCAGUGAUUCUUCUUCUGCUUCUUCCGGCAAUAACAGCAGUGCCAACGCUACUCAAUAUUCCAAAUCUAAUAAAAAACGAAAUGGGUCUGGCAAAGAAUCAGCUCAAUGCUCAAGCGUUAUAACCACAACGCCAGCGACAACUCAGAAAACCAGUAAAAAGACCAAAGCAGAAAAUACCCCUUCAUCUACCGGCCAUGCAAAGGUAAGGAAAGAGAAGCUUGGAGAACGAAUCACAGCAUUGCAGCAGCUCGUUUCACCUUUUGGCAAGACAGAUACAGCGUCGGUGUUGCAUGAAGCGAUGGGUUAUAUCAGAUUCCUGCACGAUCAGGUUCAGGUUCUGUGCUCUCCCUACCUGCAACACCACCUACCUGACGGUGGAGAAAACGGAGGAGAUGAAGAAUCAAGAACGGACCUGAAGAGCAGGGGACUGUGCCUGGUCCCAGUGGCAUGCACCGUACACGUGGCAAACAGCAACGGGGCAGAUUUCUGGUCACCUGCCAUGGGAAACAAUGUUUCAGCAUCAUCAUUAUUCACAAAGCAGCAGUGACUUGAAGUGAAGUGAAGUGAAGUGAAGUGAAUGUUGAUUAUUCAACGUUUUAACUUACUACUACUGUACAUGUUGUUUGUUUCUUGCCUUGAACAGAUUUGACAACUCAUGUUAAGAAAAGUUAAAUGUAGUAAAAAAAAAAGUGACAGAAAAGGAAGCUGAGAAAGUUCACACUUGGUUCGAGAGUUAAAAAGAGAUGAUGGAUUUGAAAGUGAAAGGAGAUGUCGUUUUGGGGAAGAUAUAUUGUGUAUAAAUGUGGGUUUUUGAGGUGU